AUGGAUGAAUACACUGCCGAUGCCUUCGCCAAUCGAGACGAACCGGUUCCUCUCAUCACAGUUUCGCAGAACGACCUCGGUGCAUCGUCAUCAGAUGCGGACACUGCGAAGCAGAAAGGGAGAUUCAGAAGUGCAUUUUCUUCGUCUACUAGUGGUUUGAGAGCAAGGGGACAAGAAUUUGUCGCGGCUCAGGUCGAAAAACAUGGACCAAGUACAGGAGCGAAGUUGCCGCUCCAGGAUAUGCUCUUUUCCAAGCUCCUGCAACAAGUAAUCCCUACUGAAGAGGUGGACGAAUCGGACAAUGCCUCACCCGUGGACCGACGCUCGUCGAAAUAUGUCGCCCGGCCUGCCUUCAGCCUUCCUGUGAUGACAAACAAUUUCCGUCGCUUCAAUGCGCGUAUCGGUAUUGUCUUCGUCUUUCAGAACCGACUCAUCCGCCUCUUCACAUGGCGUACACCCACCCACACUCUAUCUUUUCUCGCCACGUAUACUUUCGUUUGCCUCGACCCCUACAUCCUUGCGGUCGUACCUCUUGCCGUAGCCUUGCUUUUCGUCAUGGUCCCAGCAUUCGUAUCGCGGCAUCCUCCUCCCCCGGCGCAGAAGACCGUGUCCAGCACAACGCCGUACUACCAGCAAGCUUAUACGGGCCCGGCGAUCGCUCCAGCCCCGACCAUCAAACCCGCCAGCGAGACGUCCAAAGACUUUUUCCGCAACAUGCGCGAUCUGCAGAACAGUAUGGCGGACUUCACCACCGUGCACGACACAAUGGUGAAGAAUUUGGCCCCUGCCACGAACUUCAGCAAUGAGACAUUUUCAUCCCAGCUCUUCCUCUUUCUCACCAUCUUGACGACUCUGUCGUUCAUCACGGCGCAUCUUCUCCCGUGGCGCCUCAUUUUUCUGGUUGGCGGUUGGGGCUUCACAAUCUCCAGCCAUCCCACAGCGCAGGAGUGGUUAACGAAAAUGCAACAGCAGGCUGAAAAGCAACCACCGCAGGCUCCGAAUGACGACAAGCUCCAACAACAGCAGUAUAUCAACGGAGUUCCAUUGCCCGCGACCCCAGCUGCCCUUCAAUCGGCAUUCGCGGCCUUGUCGCAGAUCACGCUGUCGAGCACGCCGGAGACGCGUGAGGUCGAGAUCUUCGAGCUGCAGCACCGUCCACUGCAAUCGAGCACGAGCGGCAGCUCUGGGGCUGCCGCAGAAUGGCAGCCACACAUGUUCACUGCAUCGCCAUAUGAUCCGCUUUCGCCGGCCCGUAUCGCAGGCGAUCGGCCGCGGGGCACACGAUUCUUCGAAGACGUCGUGCCGCCUGAGGGAUGGGAAUGGGCUAGCAAGAAGUGGGAACUCGACCUCCAACCCGGCGAGUGGGUGGACGAGCGACUGAUUGUUGGUGUCGAGUAUGACGUGCUACAGCAGGACGGCGACGUAUCAGACCAAGGUACCACCUCCGGUAUUAGCAUUGACACGGACCGCCGCGGCAGCGUGAACCUUGACUUUGGUGGCUGGGUAUGGGACUUACCCCCGGCGCCGGGAAGCGGGGUGAAUCGCGAUGACGACCUGUGGCUGGCGUACGGUGACUACAGUAUUCCCUCCACGAGUCGCGACGACGAGAAGACGAGGAAGGGGAAGGAGAAAGAUAAAGCCCGCAAGGCCAACCAGGUCAAGGACUGGGAGGAGGCCACGAGGCUGGAUAGUCGCGGCCGUACGGGCGAGUGGCGACGCAGGAGAUGGGUGAGGCUGGUCAAGAGGAAGACUGUGGAAGGGACGACAUGA